GGGUGAGGGGGCUCCUGAGACAGGCUCGAGGGGGGGUCCAGCAGUGAGGGCCAGAAGGAAGGCAGACAGGCAGAGGCAACAGGGGACAUAGCAAAGGAAAGACACAGGCAGAAAGAACCAGAAGGACCCAAAAAGGGGCAAGGAACGCAACAUUCGUCCACAGAACCACAGAGGCAGCUGGAGCCAGCGCUGGGAGAAGCUCUGCUGCCUGUCUGUCCCCAUGGGCCACCAGGGGCCAUGGCUGCACACUUCUCUCCUCUGGGUGGCCGUGGCCAGCCUGCUCCUCCCCCCCGCCAUGACCCAGCAGCUGAGAGGGGCUGGGCCGGGCCCCAGCAACUGGAACAACAAUGCGGGAGUCGUGGGGCCCUCAGAGGACAUGUCUGGUGACUUUGGCCACUCCAUGCACAGCCACAGAGGCCACAGAGAUGAGAAUGAGGAUGUCUCCAGGGAGUACAGUCACGGAGACCACAGGUACCAAGUCCACGAGGUCAGAGAAGAGAACAUCCCGGAUGAGGAAGUCUUCACCGAACAUGCUCGGCAGGCUGAUGGGCACAAAGGCCACAGGAGCGAAGAUGUGGAUGAUUUAGAUGAGCCCGGGCCCCACUUCCUCAGCCACAAAAGCCACAGCCACCAAGACGAGGAUGAGGAUGAAACUGAGUCCAGCAAGGAUCACCAUCAUACCAUCAAGCACGUUCAUAGAGGCCACGGAGAAGAGGAUGAUGAAGAUGAGGAGGAAGGGGUGGUCUCCACUGAGUAUGGACACCAGGCCCAUGGGCACGGAGGCCACGGAAGGGAAAAGGAUGAAGAGGCUUCUGAUGAACAUCCCCAUCAUAUCCCCAGCCACGGACACCGAGGCCAUGAGGAUGAUGAUGAUGUCUCCACUGAGUACGGACACCAGGCCCAUAGGCACCAAGGCCAUGAGAGGGAAGAGGAUGAAGACCUCUCAGAUGAACAUCCCCAUCAUGUCCCCAGCCAUGGGCACCGAGGCCAUGGAGAAGAAGGUGAUGAUGAUGAUGAUGUCAUCUCCACCGAGUACGGACACCAGGCCCACAGGCACCGAGGCCACAGGAAGGAAGAGGAUGAAGACCUCUCAGAUGAACACAAUGAUCAUAGCCCCAGUCACGAACACCAAGGCCACAGAGAAGAUGAGGAAGAGGACAUGUCCACUGAGGAUGGACACCAGGCCCACAGGCACCGAGGCCAUGGGAGAGAAGAAGACGAAGACAUCUCAGAUGAACACCAUCACCAUAUCCCCAGCCACGGACACCAAGGCGAUGGAGACGAAGAUGGGGAUGAGGAUGAGUCUACCGAACACUGGCACCAGAUUCCCAGACAUACUCACCUUGGAGACGAGGAGGAAGAGGAAGAGGAGGUCACAGUCAUGUUCAGCCACCACGUUGCAAGCUCCCAACACCCGGGCCCCGAGAGCACGGAGGAGGACGACUUUCCAGAUGAAUAUAAGUCAGUAGCCCCUGCCCACGGAGUCCCCAAGGACGAAGAUGAGGACAUCUCUGACAAGCUUGGUCAACAGGCUCCCAGCCACAAGCAACAAGGCCACCAAGAUGAAGGGCCUGGCCACAGAGGGUCUGCGGAAGAUGAGAUUAGCCACCAGCCCCUGGAACACAUGGGGGUCAAGGAUAGAAGCCAUUUGAGGGAGAGAGAUUCUGAGGAGGGAGAAAAGGAGGAAGACCGGAGCUCCCACGAGGAAGACGAUGAAAGCUCAGAACGGGGAGAAGAAGGCACCAGCCAUGGCAGCCUAGAUAAGCAGGAUGAAGAAGAUGAGGAGGAAGGUUAUGGCCUCAGCCUGAGCCAGGAGGAGGAGGAGGAAGAGGAGGAGGAAGAGAAGAGGGAAGGGAGGGCUGAGGUUCAGACCCCACUGAGCCAAGACCACCGGGAGGGGGAAGAGGAGGAGGAUGGGCUGGAGGAAGAGGAGCUCCCCUUCACCAUCAUCCCAAACCCGAUGGCCAGGAGGGAGGUGGCCGGGGGUGGCUCCAGUGAGGAACAGAGUGGCGAGGAGGCGGGUAAGUGGUCUGGCCAGGUGGGGGCAGGGAGGAGCGGAGUCAGCGUGCUUCACUGCUGCUCUCCUGUCCCCACAGAUCUGCAGGGGGCCCAGGAGUACAGCAACUACCAGCCUGGGUCCCUGUGCGGCUACUGCUCCUUCUGCAAUAGAUGCACUGAAUGUGAGAACUGUCACUGCGACGAGGAGAACAUGGGGGAGCACUGCGACCAGUGCCAGCACUGCCAGUUCUGCUACCUCUGCCCGCUGGUCUGCGAAACCGUCUGCACGCCGGGAAGCUACGUCGACUAUUUCUCCUCCUCCCUGUACCAAGCCCUGGCGAACAUGCUGGAAACUCCGGAACCCUGACCAUCCGGCCGCGGCGCAGACGCACCGGCCUGGUCCUCCGACCCCUUCCCAUGAGCCGUAUUUAUUGAAUUGCAGUAUGAAUAAACAUGCUCCCCGAAA